CUCCCCUCCCCUCCGAUUCCACCCCUCUCGCUCGCCUUCGCUUCGUCGCCACGGCGAACCCCCCGCCGCCCAUCGGGGCGCCGCCAGCGUCCGAUCCGAUGGACAUGGAGGAGGCCCCGAAGGCCCCACCGUUUGAGCCCGCCGGAUCGGAGCCUGACGACGCCCACCGCAUCCCUCCUCCUCCCGCCCCCUCCCCCGCCCCGCCCGCCGCCACCGAAGCUGCCGCGCCCCCUACCUCCGCGAUCGCCGCCGCUGUGUCUCCGCCGCCGGCGGAGGCGAACGGCAACUCCGACAGGAAGAGGAAGAGGAAGGCGGAGGAAGGGGAAGGGUGCAAGACGUGCAGCUGCAAGAAGUCCAAGUGCCUCAAGCUCUACUGCGUGUGUUUUGCUUCUGGAUCACAUUGUACUGAAUCAUGUGGAUGUGAACCUUGUCUCAACAAGUCUGUUCAAGGUGCUCCACGGAGUGCACCAGUUUUGCCUCUGAAACUUGUCCAAACAUCAGAGGCCGGUCAAGAUUCAGCGGAACAUCUUAUAAGAUCCCCUAUGGAUCUUUUUAGAAGAAAAUGCACUUGCAAGAAGUCAGGCUGCCUUAAGAAAUACUGUGAUUGCUACCAGGGAGGGGCAGGAUGUUCCAUCAACUGUAAAUGCGAUGAUUGUAGAAACCCGUAUGGGAGAAAAGUUGGAGUUAUUUUGGAUGGUAAAAGUGGUCUUGCUGCACCUACACUGAAUGAAAGAAAUGGGACAGAAGUUGACGACUCAAGUGAUGAUGAAGAUGAUUAUUACAUGAAUCGUGCAUUGUCACCUAUCCCUCCAUCUCCAGUAUCCAGAGAGUCUUCUUUCCACCAGGACACUCUAGUUGGCGUUGAGGUCCAGACUAUGAAUGGGCACCUAUACCCGAAACCACUGACUCAAGUGCGGCCUGAGCCAUCGUCAUGGCAGCUCUCCAGGAGGCCCGGUGAGGAAGCUCGGGGAGAACAAUGGCGCUUUUCAAGGAGGCCCAGCGAGGAUGGAACCUCUGAUGCUAUGGAAGGGCAUGCUGACCCCAAGUUCCACAGAGACAACAAGAAGCCGGAGAGCCAUGUGGACAGGUUCAGCAUCCCACAGUGUAUCGAGGUGAUGAAUGCCAUGUCAGAUCUCUCGCCAAUUGAGAAGUCGCUGGCACCAGACGUCUUCUUGGAUCCAAGCAACAGGGAGAUUUUCCUUUCGCUGAGUGUAGAUAUUAGGACCAUGUGGCUGAAGCGUAAGAUGAAGAGCCUUGUCUAGAGAUAGCAUGAGAAAAUUUCGUCGGCGUAUACUUAAUAAACCUAUGUACUGUAGAUAUGCCUAGCUUGACAGUGAGUUCUGAAUUAAUGCCCGUAGCGCUAACUUAUGGUGCAUGUUAUAUUGGAAUCCAGCUUAUUAGCAACAGUAAUAAGUUAAUUAUAAUCUUCAGCUAGAAAAAUAAUAA